AGAAGAUGUUCCAGAAGAGAUGAGAUGCCUUAUCUCCCUGAAAAAGCUUCAUUUAUUUGGAAACAGGAUUUGCAGAUUCGCGUCUAGAGUCUGUGGUUGAAAAGUCUUACCUGUCUAAGUAUCAAUCAUAACCAGCUAACCAUCAUUCCUAGAGAACUUUGCUCUCUUGAGAAUCUUUCUGAACUGCAUCUUAACUACAAUCAGCUCAUGUACAUACCUGAAGAGAUUAAGUUCUUACAGAAGCUCAAGCAGCUUUUUCUGGUCAGGAACAACCUUGAAGCUUUGCCAGAGGGACUUUGUCAACUUAAAAAUCUAAAAAUCCUAGACAUAGCCGGAAAUGUUAUUCAGAUAUUUCCACAAGGAGAAAUAACAGCAAGAUUUAUCAUCCGUGAGCUAGAAGAAAAUAACCCUUUUCUAAUGAAUGCCAUAGAAUGUCAUCCAGAGGCCAGGGAGAAAAUCUCUCAGGCAAAACAAUGUGCAAUAUGCAAAAAACCCUUUUUAUCUGAAUGGCUGGAAUGUGUUCAGUUUGUUUCUCCAUCGAAGAACUGGAAGAUAAGCAAAAAUCUACAGCUGAUACCUCUUCAAAUAUUACUUUGUUCUUACCAGUGUUUUGAUCAGCGAGGUCCUGAUCUCUUUGAAAUUGCUCAGGAGUAG